UUGUAGAAGCCGGUAACAAUCAACGUCUGAUACUGCAAACUAGAAAGUACCACAGUGUGCAAAAAUGAGUGUACUGACAAUAGUUUACCGUUUUUGCCUAGCAAAUGUUCUAACUGCAUAUUAUUGCACAUUGACGGUGCUGUUUUCAUUUCUCCCGAAGUAUAUAACUAAUCCGUUUGGUGAUCCAUGGGCGAUGAAAAUGAAACUGGAACCACCGGCGAGUUUGCGUGAUCCGAAGUACGGACUUCAUAAAUAUAUUAAAGUAAAUAACAUAAAACUGCAUUACGUUGACAGCGGCGAUGCCUCGAAGCCAUUGAUGUUGUUCCUUCACGGCUUCCCUGAGUUUUGGUAUUCAUGGCGCCAUCAAAUAGUAAACUUCAAUAAAGAUUAUAGAUGCGUUGCUGUUGAUAUGAGAGGAUAUGGAGAUUCAGAAAGACCUGAAGGCGUUUCGCACUACAAAAUUGAAAUACUGGUUGAUGAUAUCAGAGAUCUAAUUCGGCAACUAGGUUACGAGAAAUGUAUCCUAAUAUCACACGACUGGGGCGGUUUGGUUGCAUGCAAACUUCGUGACACAUAUCCCGAGGCAUUGCACGCCCUCGUCAUGUUGGGGAGCACCUCACACGAAGCAUGGACUGAGCUGAUUUGGACAACUGACGAACAGAGGAAAAUGUCUGGAUAUGUGUUCAUGUUUCGGGCACCUAAGAUUCCGGAGCUUUCGUUGCAAAUUGAUAAUUUAACCAUUUUUGAGCAAUACAUGCUUGUUAAAGGAAAAGACACUACCACGAUGGAAGACAUUGAAUGUUUCAAAUAUUGGUUUUGUAAGCAGAUGGCAUUCACCCCACCCCUUAACUACUACCGAGCGAAUUUUUCAUACACGUUUACGAAGAAAGUGCACAAGGAGAACGUGCCAUUUCUGAUUGCGCACGGUGCCAACGAUCGGUAUAUAAGCCACUCCGUACUGGACGUUAUGAACGAAGCCUACCCAAAUAUUGAAACAGUCAUUGUUGACGGGGUUGGACAUUUCAUGCAACAAGAAGAACCAGUAAAAGUUAAUAAACUCAUAUCAGACUUGUUGACGAAGCAUAAUCUAUGAUGCAAUUAUCUUUUAAGAAUUUUUCGUAACUUAAAAUGUAUUCUUUAAUCGGUUAGUCGGAUAUCUAUUAAUUCGGCGAUCAUAAGCAGUUUAUUUUCGGCUAAUUCUCGUACAAGUGUAAAGCUUCCCGCACACACGUCAAUAUUAUUGACAGUAUUCUGCAUUUUGUGAAUAUUAUUGCCUGAGUUAUAUUUGGUGGCUGUCCCGAAACGUGGUAUUAUAGUAUAUUGCGCAACAAGAGCGAUAAGUUGUCACUCGAGCGAAUGGACGUUCAACUUCGCUCUCGUGGGCAGUCGCCAACAUCGCACGGGUUGCAGAUACUAUUUUUUAUUACAAAUGCGGAGAUAUAUGCGGGCACAAAAUACCAAAUUUGUUGGGAACAAACGGAUGAAAAGUUUAAAAAAAAGAAACAAAUAUGCUUCAAACAAUAAAUACAAAUUAAUUAAUAUUAAUUAACAAAAUAAAUUAAAUUUAUUUGGAACAAUCGAUGCGUAGAAUUAAACAGCUCAAUAUUAAUUAAUUAUUUUUACUUUCGUUCAAAUAAAUUGUCACAUUUGAACAAUUUGAAAACGUGAUGUUUAAACUAUAAACUUUGUAAUGUCAACCUCACUUCUUUUAUAUUGACAGUAGACAGAUUUGUUUUUUUUGUUAUUUAUUUCAAUUUUUGCAGUUUUUACAGUCAUUUUGCGUGCGACAAGGGUAGUUUGCGUGUGCCAAGUAAACUUGUCGCACUCAAAUAACAGUUUCAUUUACGAAAAAACUCACGCGUCAUUUUAAAAUGGGCAAACAGCUCUUUUUCAACCGCAACAGCGAGUACUAAGAUACUACUUAUCCCGCAUGAGUAAUAAAAAAUAAUAAACUAUUUUUUUUAUUGACAAUAUUUUUGAUAGUGUGCGGGCAGCCGAAAAGGACUGUAAAGGACUUGCGAAAUGCCAUUUUAAACUGCCAAAUUGACAGCGACGAUUGGCUGUCAUCACGAUGAUGUUAAGUAUGGAGGGUAGAGGUAAGGAGAGUCAUCUUAUAUGGGAGAAAAGUUGAAAAAGUGUCCAGUUGUUGCGCUAAAUAACAGUUCAAAAAUCCUCCACAAUGGCGCUGGUGGAUG